CUCUGAUUUUGAAGGUGCUACACUGACAUUGUGCCCCCCCUCCCCUCCCCUCCACGACCACCCCUCCCGUGAUGACCGUCCCGAGGUUGCACCAUGUACGUGGCUGGCCGUGUCCGCCUGAAGCCGCGCGGAUGACACUCGCACCGGCACCGGCACUUCAAAGCGAACAGCGGCGGCGCGGACUCCCCGUCGCCGGGUAGCGCCGGGUCACUCGACCGGCGGCUUCUUGCUAGCGGCCGCGCUAAGGCGGCUAACGGCACAGUAUUUUUAAAGGACCCCCCGACGACCCUCCCCUCCACACCCCCCCAAUGGUGUCCCACAAGGUCUUCGUCGCGAUCAUCCUGCUCAACGUGUACGUCGGCGUGCAGUCCGUGCGCUGCUUGUUCGGCGGCGUCCUCCUCACGGCGCUGUUCGCCAUGGCGUUCCUGAACGCACCGCGGCUGCUGGACUGGACGAGUUCGCCGCCGCACCUGCAGUUCAACAAGUACGUGCUGACCGGGUACCGGCCGGUCUCCUCCGUGCAGGACUGCGUCAGGAGCCUGUUCUACCUGCACAACGAGCUGGGCAACAUCUACACGCACGGCAUUCCUCUGGUGUGCUUCCUGGUGCUGCUGCCCCUCAACAUCCCCUGGUCUCAGAUCAGCGUCACGUGGCUGGGCGUGGUGCACUUCCUGGCGUGCCUGUCGCCGCAGCUGGGCUCCGUGCUGUACCACCUCUUCAUGAACCACGAGGGAGGGGAGCCCGUCUACCACACCCUCCUCAAGCUGGACGUAUGCGGAAUCUGCAUGAUCAACACGCUGGGGGCUCUGCCCAUUGUCUACAGCACGCUGCUGUGCUACCCGUUCAUCCGCACUGUUGCCCUGAUCGUCUACAUCCUGCUGUCCAGCCACGCCAUCUACUGCGCCGUGACGGCCCGGAGCAGCGUCCGCCGGCUGCGCUCCUUCGCCUGGCAGGCGGUCUUCCGCUUCUCCUUCUUCCUGCUGCGCUGGGCGGGCGUGGGCGGCGGCAGCCCCACCUCGCUGCGCCACUUCCUCACGAUGGACGCCCUGGCCGUGCUGGGCGGCGUCAUCAACAUCAUGCGCAUCCCGGAGCGCUUCCGCCCGGGCCUCUUUGACUACUGGUGCAACAGCCACCAGAUCAUGCACGUCCUGGUGGUGGGCUCCAUCCUCUACCUGCACUGGGGCGUGCUGGACGACCUCCUGUGGAUCAACAGCUACGCCUGUCCGUCCAACUGACCCCGCCUGCAGCCCCCGCCCACCCCUCUCACAAGGAGCGAUCGGGAUGUGAGAUUAAAGGACCUCGGGGGGGGGUUAAUCUGUAGAGAAAAAGGGAAGCAUCGGAAAUCAGGGGGAACUGACGCUGUGAGGCGAGACGACGUGUCGUCUCCGUGCAUGUGUCCAACCUCAACGCGGCUCAAACUCAGAAUGUUCAUAUCUUCGUCCGUCUCAGUAUUGUGUGCGAAUGCAGGCAAAAGUAUGUCAAGUCACACGCACAAGCAUUUUUGACUCUCUCACUUGCCACAAACAUGGACGUACAGGUGUACACGGACGCACACACACACACGGAAACAUUUUAAAACACUAGACGUAUUAAAGCGAGCAUUGAACACUAUAAAGUCUGAGGUAAAGGCCGAGUUCGAUGCCUUUACUUAACAAUAGAAAUUUUACCUGAGCGUUAGUUGAUGACAGUCUGUGGCCAAACCGUGUCACACGCUCAAGUCUUCUCAGAUGUCACUGUUGCUACCUAUGGAGCAACAUCCACACUUCAACUCGUGAACUCACACCACAGACACACACACAGACACACACACACCACAGACACACACACACCACAGACACACACACACACACCACACACCUAUAUUUUUAAACUACACGUAGAAACUGUAGGUGCAACACAAAGCACUCGGAGAGUUUUCACCGUUUGUCCAUUUUACUGGACCGCCUCUUGUUUUGUGUUUCCCGGUUUUCUCGCCACUGCCUCCUUCUCUUUUCCGAUUCGCCCCCACCGUCGCAUCACGGUGAUGAUGAAGGUGAGGUGAGGGGUUCAUUCCUGGUAUAGCGUGUUGGCAGCGAGUUCACUGGCUUUAGGUUUCUUGGAAUCAAUGGACCAGCAUUAUCGGGUUCGUUCGCACCGGUGACAUUCAGGCAUGAAUCAUAGGGAGAAUGCACUCGUUUACUUAAGGUGUCGUUCAGUCGCGUUACUGUUCUGCCAAACGUGUCCGUGCCCUGUAUGUUUAUUCCUAUACCUCCAUGACAACCUUGCAUUAUAAGGGAGAUUUUAAUGUUAAUUUAAAAAAAAAAAAGACUUCUAUGCUCCUUUGUCUAGAUUUUAAAAAUGACUUAUUGUUGGAUGAUAACAAUAUCCAAUGCCACUGUAUGUACAGUAUAUCUAAAUGUACAUGUGGCAGCACCAUGCACUGAGAGUUAAGGGGUUUUUAACUGCAAGUUCCUGAAAAUGCGUAAAUGUUUUAACGAUGUAAAACUCAAGUAAAAACCAACCUACCUUUUGGAACAAUAUGCACAAAACACUGUAGUGGAGAAAAAUGUAUUCUAUUUAUUAUUAUGUCGUGUAUUUACUCGUAUUUAUUUGUGUCUGUCGGCCGCUUGAAAAGCGUCGUCGCUGUGCAGGAUCACCGGCCGACAGAUCAGAAGGUCGAGGUCAGAGAAUGUCUUUUGUGCAAAUUCUGAGGAUUAGCUUCUAAUUUCUCCUCACGCACUUUCUCCCCCCGAAUCGAUUUAGGUGUUUUUUUUGGACUCCUCCGUCACGGAGUACUACCGUGUCCAUGCAUUGUGCACUCGCAACGAACAGCGAUAAUUAUUAUGUGACUAUUAAAAGGUCGUGCGGCCCUCGAACACCAUUCCACUGCAUGUGGGAUGUUUACUUGAACGCUGACGCUAUAUAUUGGGUUGUUUUACAGAGGUUGAUUAUUAUUUAUUGUUAUUAUUGACACUUUCUACUUCCUCGUUUUGAACGGACUGCUUUGGCCUUUUGAGUAUUUUAUGAAGCUGAACCUUAACUGAGCAGGAAUGAACCCCUACACCCUCUCGUCAUGUUGUACGUUACAGCCAAGUUCUGUGACAAGGGAAGUUUUUUGGUUUUUUUUGUUUUGCACCAUUUCCCGCCAUUUCAUUUCCAGCGCUACUCUUGAUUAAGAGUAACUGUAACUCAGUUCCUUAAUGGUCAAGACUGGUGGCCGCAGCCUCAUUUCUGUUUCUAGAGGCGGACCCACGCCAACAGUCUCAGCUUCGCCGCUGACUCGUCGCCAAAUCCCGCCACCUUUGCCCGAGCUUGCCAAAUUUAGCGCCAUCGGAGGCGUAGCGCGUCCUUUGCUCCCUCCGCCAUCGCUGACUCAUAGGUGAAGAGGGAUUUCCCCACAGUCUUCAUCACAUACACUAACCUCAGACUGCCCCGCCCCUCGCCUCGACGAUGAGUCAGAAACUGUGCGUCCCCCUGGUCCUCGCUCUGCCACACCGGUUAUUACCUGCCAUGACCGUGGUAUAAUGUAAAAGCUGAACUUAAUGUAUUUCUGGCCACUGAAUGAAACUGACAAAAAAAAUGCAUGAAAGUAGCCGAGACGCAGAAACUGAUGUCUCUUCACUUGUUCGCUGUAGCCAUCAACAGGCCGUCCACUCGCUCCUGGAGAUCGACAGACGCACGAUCGGAGGCAAUACAUCAUCACGACGUCGAGCGAACUGCACUGCACUCAUCGUUCUCAAAAGGGCUUUGAAUCAAACUAAACUAUUUUGACUCCUAUUUAAAGUCCGUAUAAAUAAAUGUAAAUACGUGUAUGUAGAUUAUAUAUAUAUAUAUAUAAAUACAUACAGUGCGGAAAUUAUACCUUUUAUUCAUUUUCUAAAUACACAAUAUGUUAAGGAAAUGGGAAAAGUAAGAAGACACGGGGGAUCAGUGCUGUUUGCCAUAGAUACGCUGCUGCUGCUCUCCAGAGACGUGAGGGCGGGAAGUAAUAUCGAAGACGUGUGUUUGCUCGGCGAUGUUUGUGAACGCCACAAGGCAAAGAAAUUGGUUUCAGCGCUAAUGUAGACUUGUUUGACCUUUUGUGACCCCCAACUAAGAAUGCUUUUGAAUCGUUUCAAUGUAACAACUCUCUCAGACACGUGGGGAAGACAUUUCGCGGGGAGGGAUCUUGACGGGCAUGUGAAUUACCUCGCGACUGCCACUGGUCUAUCUAUGCAUUAUCAGCCGGAGGAAUAUACGCAGCAGUGAAGUCGAAUUUGAACAAAAGGGAGGAAAAAAAAGGAAAGCAGCUCUCCGAUCUGAUCUGCUGUAAAUUGGAGCGUGUCACCUCCAACAUCCUGGGUCUCCCAAUUUCUCAGGGUGCCAUAACAGUAGCUGUAACAUCCGCGGUACCUGGCCUCGCCGCCCCGCUCUCUGAAACAUGGCCGCCAGACCUUUUCUCCCGUCUACCCCCACCUGACCCCGCCUGUCCACACCGAUGGUCCCAGGUUGGACAGAAGGAAGAGGGAAGGUGGAAGGGGACAUGUUGCAGUAGUGUGAACACCUGGCCAGAUAACAAAAAAAUGGUCUUCGUCAUUUUGUCUGUAUGUUAAAUGAAGAAAAAAAAAUGACAUAAUGUACUAAGAGAACAAAAUUCUGUUUAGCUUUUUUAAAAAAGUAUACAACAGGUGCCGGAUAGCCUGUUGACGACCUGUUUAUAAUGGAUAACCUUUAUUGUUAUAUACUGAUUACUGUUAAUUCUGUGGAUCCUAUUAACUGACACUGGUCUAUAUGUACAGAUAAAUGAGACGAGCCCCUUCCUCUGGGACGAAGGGAGAUUCUUCUUGGAGGGUCUGUCUGUUAUCGUUUUCUUUCUUCAUAUCUGCUACGUCAUGGCAAUUCUUCCUUUUUUCUUUUUUUUUUUAAAUGACAAAAGGACGCGAGUGUGCUUCCACCUAGUGGAACUUUGUGUGCACCGACCGCAGGCAUCACUGUAGCCGUUACUGCAGCCAAACGGACCUUACUGACUGUAACUGUCACAGCUGCAAGAGUUGUUCAUUCAUAUUUGCAGACCGAUGUAUGUGCGCACACGCGCGUGUGAAAUUGCCUCAUACACGCCCACACGAGCAUGAAAUCUAUACGUUGUCCCAGUUUACUUUGUCCCGUUGCACCGACUCGGGUGCUGACUGCGUCCCCCAGAGUUCCCCGUCAUCCAAGUGUUUGUGUGUGUGCUCUCGCAAAAUUCAUGUGCACGAACACAGACGCACACACACACACACACACAAACAGUUUGUCCCUCUCCUGUAGUUCACACGUCCCCGUCCAUCAGUAGUGUCCUGUGUAACAGACAGGCUCUCACACUCCUCCAGCAACGAUUGUGCAAUAAACUGAAGUCUAUAUUUUUAAAAGA